AUGUUCAUAUUAUCACAUAUUAAAGAUCUUGUACGAAUUGCUCCAGAUCAAUUUCAUCAAGACACAUUAAGAGCUGUAAAACAUCAAUUGAAUAACAAAUAUGCCAACAAAGUGAUCCCUCAGAUAGGUCUAUGUAUCACUGUAUAUGAUAUAUUAGAUAUAGACGAAGGUCAAAUCAAACCUGGUGACGGUGCAUCCUUUAUCAAUGUAGAAUUUAGAGCGUUAGUGUUCAAACCGUUUAUUGGUGAAGUUUUGACUGGGUGGAUCACUAAAUGUAAUAACGAUGGGAUUCAAGUAUCUAUGGGUGGGUUAUUUAAUGAUAUUUUUAUCCCACGACGUAUGAUGUUUGAGAAUUGUUUCUAUAAACCUGAUGAAUCCGCUUGGCUAUGGCAAAUGGAUGAAGACACCGAAUUAUAUUUUGAUAUAAAUGAAAUGAUUAGGUUUAGGGUGGAGAAAGAAAUAUUUAUCGAUAUUAAGCCAAAGGAUCCAUCGAAGGUAGAUGAAGAAAUAGAUGAUGACAUGGGUGAACAAGAUGAAACUACAAAUAGAACGCCACCAUAUGCAUUAUUGGGUAGUUGCCAAACUGAUGGUAUGGGUGUAGUUAGUUGGUGGGAAUAG